AUGGGAAACUGUUUAGUAAUGGAGAAGAAAGUGAUAAAGAUAGUGAGAAACGAUGGGAAGGUACUUGAAUAUAGAGAACCCACUACUGUUCAUCACAUCCUUACGCAGUUCUCUGGCCACUCUCUCUUUGACACCAACAACACAUGUCACCUUCUUCCCGAUGCUAAGCUUCUCUCUGGUCGUCUCUACUAUCUUGUCCCUACAACAAUGAAAAAGAAAAAGACCAAGAGAGUGACGUUUGCAGAUCCUGAGGUGGAAGAAGAUGAGAGAUUACUAUCUGACACUGGUGAAAGCAACAGCAACACUGAUGAUGAUGCCAAUAAGAACGUGAGUGUAAUGAGAAUGAAGAUCGUUGUGAGCAAGCAAGAGCUGGAGAAGCUACUCCAAGGAGGGUCGGUUCAUGAGAUGAUGUACGAGACUAUGGAGAAACGAAUUUUGCAUACUGAUGAUGAUGAUAAUCUUGAAUGUAAUAGAGGUUGUUGA